UUGAAACGGAAAAAUAGAAAAGUAAAGGCAAAAAAAAAGAAAAGGAAAUAACAAAAAAGAAAUAAAUAUUUGGGGUAUUUGCCUAAAUUCAUUCAUAAGUUAAACCUAAUUUCUCCUCUUAUUUAAACCAAACGCCUCUCUUAAGAAAUCUCCCAAUAUCUUCCUUUGUCAAUCUCUUGAGAGUUUUUGCUUCCUCGUCUUCUUCGAUUCAUCAAACAGCGUGUGUUUUUUGUUUAGAGUUGGAAGAGACGAAUCGAAUUUUGAAGCUUUCUUUUAUGUCUGACAAGAUAUCUCCGUUUUGUUGUCAAUCUGGUUGCUUGGAAAACACAGUCCUACAUCCAGAAUUAAGGACUACUACUAGUUCCUCCAUCACUUUAGGGUCUCGCAUCUUCAAACCGGAGAUCCCUCCUCUUUCUCUCCACUUUUUUAGCUAAGAAGAAUGGCGCUGCAGAACAUUGGUGCUUCCAACCGUAACGAUGCCUUCUACAGGUACAAGAUGCCUAAGAUGGUUACCAAAACCGAAGGCAAAGGUAAUGGCAUUAAGACCAACAUUAUCAACAAUGUUGAGAUUGCCAAAGCCUUGGCUAGACCGCCUUCUUAUACGACCAAGUACUUUGGUUGUGAGCUUGGAGCGCAGUCUAAGUUUGAUGAGAAGACUGGGACGUCGCUUGUGAAUGGAGCUCACAACACGUCUAAGCUUGCUGGGCUUUUGGAGAAUUUUAUUAAGAAGUUUGUUCAGUGUUAUGGAUGUGGUAACCCGGAGACUGAGAUUAUUAUUACGAAGACGCAGAUGGUGAAUCUCAAGUGUGCUGCUUGUGGGUUUAUCUCUGAGGUCGACAUGAGGGAUAAGUUGACUAAUUUCAUUCUCAAGAACCCACCUGAGCAGAAGAAGGUGUCAAAGGAUAAGAAAGCAAUGAGGAAAGCUGAGAAGGAGAGGCUUAAAGAAGGCGAGCUAGCUGAUGAGGAGCAGAGAAAGCUGAAAGCUAAGAAGAAAGCAUUGUCUAACGGCAAGGAUUCUAAGACGUCUAAGAACCAUUCUUCUGAUGAGGAUAUAAGCCCGAAGCAUGAUGAGAAUGCUCUAGAGGUGGAUGAGGAUGAAGAUGAUGAUGAUGGUGUCGAGUGGCAAACUGAUACUUCCCGAGAAGCUGCUGAGAAAAGAAUGAUGGAACAGUUGAGUGCUAAAACUGCCGAAAUGGUGAUGCUCUCUGCAAUGGAAGUAGAAGAGAAAAAGGCGCCCAAAAGCAAAUCUAACGGGAACGUUGUGAAAACUGAGAAUCCUCCUCCGCAAGAGAAGAAUCUCGUGCAGGAUAUGAAAGAGUAUCUGAAGAAAGGGUCACCAAUAAGCGCGCUCAAAAGUUUCAUCUCGUCUCUCUCUGAACCUCCUCAAGACAUCAUGGACGCACUCUUCAAUGCUCUCUUUGAUGGUGUGGGAAAGGGAUUCGCCAAAGAAGUGACUAAGAAGAAGAAUUACUUAGCGGCUGCUGCAACAAUGCAAGAGGAUGGAUCACAGAUGCAUCUGCUCAAUUCGAUUGGGACAUUCUGUGGAAAGAAUGGAAACGAAGAAGCUUUGAAAGAGGUGGCUCUGGUUCUUAAAGCAUUGUACGACCAAGACAUCAUUGAGGAAGAGGUAGUGUUGGAUUGGUACGAAAAGGGUCUCACCGGAGCUGACAAAAGCUCGCCGGUUUGGAAGAAUGUUAAGCCUUUUGUGGAGUGGCUUCAGAGCGCUGAGUCUGAGUCCGAAGAGGAGGAUUGAGUCACUUUUUUCUUCCCUCCUAACUUUUCUUUGCGGCAUUUCUUAUAAUACUUCGUCAGUUUUCAGAAUUCUUAAAUCUUUUUGCUGUGUUCUUAUAAAGAAACAUCAUCUAUUAAAGUUGUCUUCGUUUGGAUUUGGUUUUGACGACUUUGGGAAAUAUUUAUGUUUAAGAAGGUUUCAUUGGUCAUUGACUUUUAUAUAUUAUAUCGUAACCAUGAUGUGAUAGUGGGCCUUAGAUCAACAAACAUGCGAAAAACAGAAGCAGAGGCCCGUUUCAACGGAGCAUAAUAAAUUGCAUUC